ACAGAAUCCAAGAUGUCGCUUACAAGUUUUCUUCCUGCGCCCACCCAACUGUCCCAGGACCAGCUGGAGGCAGAGGAGAGGUCUCAGGCAUACAGAUCCCAGUCCACUGCUUUGGUCUCCACCCGCAGAGACCCUCCUCCUUACGGCUUCAGAAAGUCAUGGGUACCCCGGGCUCUAGAGGACUUUGGAGAUGGAGGAGCUUUUCCAGAGAUCCAUGUUGCCCAGUAUCCUCUGGAAAUGGGUAGGAAGAAAAGAACAUCCAAUGCUCUGGCAGUGCAGGUGGAUGCAGAGGGCAAGAUCAAAUAUGAUGCUAUUGCUAGACAAGGCCAAAGCAAAGACAAGGUCAUAUUUAGUAAAUACACAGACAUGCUUCCUAAGGAAGUGCUAAACCAAGAUGAUCCAGAGCUGCAGAAACCAGAUGAAGAGGCAGUGAGAGAGCUUACAGAAAAGACCAGAUUAGCUCUGGAGAAACAGGUUUCACAGAAAAUCGCGGCAGCCAUGCCUGUGCGUGCUGCAGAUAAACAGGCCCCCGCGCAAUACAUUCGGUACACACCCUCUCAGCAAGGUCUCGCAUUUAACUCUGGAGCAAAACAGAGGGUCAUCCGUAUGGUGGAAAUGCAGAAAGAUCCAAUGGAACCCCCUCGAUUCAAAAUCAAUAAGAAAAUUCCUCGUGGACCUCCUUCCCCUCCUGCUCCAGUCAUGCACUCUCCAAGCAGAAAGAUGACAGUGAAAGAACAGCAGGAAUGGAAGAUUCCUCCUUGUAUUUCCAACUGGAAGAACGCAAAGGGUUACACCAUUCCUCUAGACAAGCGUUUGGCGGCUGACGGACGAGGCCUCCAGACCGUCCACAUCAAUGAAAACUUUGCCAAACUGGCCGAGGCUUUGUACAUAGCAGACAGAAAGGCCAGAGAGGCUGUGGAGAUGAGAGCUCAAGUGGAAAAGAAGAUGGCCCAGAAGGAAAAAGAAAAGAAAGAGGAGAAGCUGAGAGAGCUGGCUAAGAUGGCCAGAGACAGGAGAGCUGGUAUCAAACCCCACGGUGAUAAAGGUGGUGAAGACUCCGAAGUCAGGGAGCGUGAUGAGAUUCGUCACGAUAGGAGGAAAGAUAGGCAGCAUGACAGGAACAUCUCCAGAGCCGCCCCCGAUAAGAGGUCGAAGCUUCAGAGGGACCAAGACAGGGACAUCAGUGAGCUCAUUGCUCUCGGCCAGCCGAACCCGCGCACCUCUAGUGAGGCUCAGUAUGACCAGAGACUCUUCAAUCAGAGCAAGGGAAUGGACAGCGGUUUUGCUGGGGGAGAGGAUGAGAUGUAUAAUGUGUACGAUCAGCCCUUCAGAGGUGGCAGAGACAUGGCACAGAAUAUUUACAGGCCCAGUAAGAAUGUGGAUAAAGACAUGUAUGGAGAUGACCUGGACACACUCAUGCAGAACAACAGGUUUGUUCCCGACCGAGACUUCUCAGGUGCUGACCAUGGCCCCCGCCGGGAUGGUCCUGUACAGUUUGAGGAGGAUCCUUUCGGUCUGGACAAGUUCUUGGAGGAAGCCAAGCAGCACGGAGGCUCCAAAAGAGCGUCCACUAGUGGGCGCUCCAAGGACUAUGACCAUGAGAAGAAACGCAGGAAGGAGUGAGACACUUUCUCUGUCAAACUUCAGGCUUAAAUCCUUCUUCCCAUACUUUUUUUUUUGUAACUGAAUA